AUGGGAAGCGGCGCGGGUCGAGGGAGGAAAGGCGGACCGACGGGUCGUCGACACUUCUCGACAGUCGAGGAAAUGAAAUCAGGCACGUCAUCUGAGCCUAAGUGGAAGCAGCGGCGGAAUCGGGAUCAGGAGGACGACCCUGAGGAGGAAGGGGAGGAGGGGAGCAGUGAGGAGGAGUCGGAAGAGGAGGGGGAGGAGAAGCACAAGGGCGUGGCGGGGCUGAUCGCUGUGGAGAAUCCCAAUGCGCCAAGAAAGGCCGCGGUCAAGAUUUCCCAGGCGGAUACCAAUGCCACCACGCAACUCUCUCGCCGUGAAAGGGAGGAGAUAGAGAAAGAGAGGGGAAAGGAGCGAUACAUGAAGCUGCAGGAGCAGGGCAAGACAGAGCAGUCCAAAAAGGACCUUGAGCGCUUGGCUCUUAUUCGCCAGCAACGGGAAGAGGCGGCUAAGAAGAAAGAGGAGGAGCGAUUGGCGCAAAAGGUGAAACUUAGCCGAGUUGCUGCUCGAGCUGAGUCAGCAGGAUCAGGGAGCGGGAAUGGCGGCGGAAAUGACAGCGCAGAAACCGUCCCAGAGCAGCGGCAAUCCGAAAACGUUUCAGAGGUCGAGCCUAUCAAGGUGGAGGUCUCGCCGAACCUGACCAUCGCGCUCGGCGACGAGGUUCGGCGGUUGGCAGCAGGUGCGGACGGAGGUUCGGAGGGAGCAGCCAGGGAGAGCGGUCUAAGUCUGAUCGAGCAGAAUGAACGGAGAAGGCAAGCUCGAAAGGCCGCUGCCGCCGCCGCCGCUGCUGCUGCUGCUGCUGCUGCUGGCGAUUCCUCUGCUUCAGCUGAUCUUCCUUCUACAGUCUCGCUUGUAGAUUCGUCAAGAAGUGGGGAGGCACCAGCAGCAGCAGCAGCAGCAGCAGCAGCAGCAGCAGCAGCAGCAGCAGCACCAGACUCAACAGCACCAGCAGCAGCAACAACGCCAGGUGAAACGCGCGCUUUCAUCGCUGACGAGGCGGCGUACGUAUCCAUGGUGAAACGCGCCGCGGCUGCCACGUCAGCUUGGCGGCAGGCGGUACCGUUUCCCCUGAGUGAUUUCUUCUUCGAUCCUGACGGAGUGGGCUUUAAGAGGGGGAGGGAGGAAGAAGAACGGCUGAUUCAUGACAUCUAUUUCAAGGUACGCGUGAUGUGCUGUCGUGAACUUUAA